AACAGUAAGCAGCCAGUGAAGAAUUCAGCCUGCCAAACAAGACUGAGUUUGGGGUCAGGAACCGGUCUGACAAGAGAAUGGCAGUCCUGCACGUAAACUGUCAAUAGGACUGUAUAUUUGAGGAUGAACCUACCAGAACACUGGUUCCAAAGUCGACACACCGAACAAGAGAAUGUCAAGACAUAUUUCAGGAGAUUGUGAGUGUGACUAAAGAUGUCCGAUAGAGUCGAUAUUGAAGAGAAACCGCCAGCCCCUCCCUUGAGAAUGAACAGUAGUUCCCGAGACUCUACAUCAGUGAAUCACGGCUCCAAACCUCUCCCAAUGGCUCCUGAAGAGAAGAACAAGAAGGUCCGCCUGCGCUCCAUCUUCCCUGGAGGAGACAAGACGAACAAGAAGAAGGAGAAGGAGCGCCCUGAGAUCUCCCUGCCCUCAGACUUUGAGCACACCAUCCAUGUUGGCUUUGAUGCUGUUACAGGGGAGUUCACUGGCAUCCCAGAGCAGUGGGCGCGGCUCCUUCAGACCUCCAACAUCACCAAGCUGGAGCAGAAGAAGAACCCUCAGGCCGUGCUGGACGUGCUCAAGUUCUACGACUCCAAAGAGACUGUCAACAACCAGAAAUACAUGAGCUUCACCCCCGGAGACAAGUCAGCACAGGGAUACAUAGCAGCCAACACUCUGAACCGACUGCUGUCGUCUGGGCCUCCUGUCAGCCUUAGAACCUGCAGUGCAUUAUUUGACAAGGGUGCAAAGACAUCCACAGACCCCCCUAUAGCACCCCCUGUGUCAGAGGAGGAGGAGGAGGAGGAGGAGGAAGAGGAGGAGGACGAUGAUGACGAUGAGCCACCACCCGUCAUCGCACCUCGACCUGAGCACACUAAAUCUAUCUACACCCGCUCUGUCAUCGAGCCCUUGGCGCCUCCCACCCCUGUGAAGGAGGUCACAACCCCGCCAGAGUCCCAGGUCCAGCCGGAGAACACGUCCAGCACUCUGUACCGCCACACCGAUCGGCAGAGGAAGAAGUCCAAGAUGACAGACGAGGAGAUUCUGGAGCGACUUAGAAGCAUUGUGAGUGUGGGGGACCCCAAAAAGAAGUACACACGCUUUGAGAAAAUAGGACAAGGGGCAUCUGGCACUGUGUACACAGCCAUUGACAUUGCUACUGGCCAGGAGGUGGCCAUUAAGCAGAUGAACCUCCAACAGCAGCCUAAGAAGGAGCUGAUCAUCAACGAGAUCCUGGUGAUGAGGGAAAACAAAAACCCCAACAUAGUCAACUACCUGGACAGUUACCUGGUAGGGGAUGAGCUAUGGGUGGUGAUGGAAUACCUGGCUGGAGGUUCACUGACUGACGUGGUGACUGAGACCUGCAUGGACGAGGGCCAGAUCGCUGCAGUCUGCAGAGAAUGUCUGCAGGCUCUGGACUUCCUGCACUCCAACCAGGUGAUCCACAGAGACAUCAAGAGUGACAACAUCCUGCUGGGUAUGGAUGGCUCAGUCAAGCUCACUGACUUUGGGUUCUGUGCUCAGAUCACCCCAGAGCAGAACAAGCGAAGCACCAUGGUGGGCACGCCUUAUUGGAUGGCACCCGAGGUCGUGACCCGUAAGGCCUACGGGCCCAAGGUGGACAUCUGGUCCCUGGGUAUCAUGGCUAUAGAGAUGGUGGAGGGAGAACCUCCCUACCUUAAUGAGAACCCUCUCAGGGCUCUGUACCUAAUCGCCACCAACGGGACUCCAGAGCUGCAGAACCCUGAGCGUCUGACCUCCGUGUUCAGAGACUUCCUCAACCGCUGCCUGGAGAUGGACGUGGACCGCAGAGGCUCAGCCAAGGAGCUCCUCCAGCAUUCAUUCCUGAAGUUAGCCAAGCCCCUGUCCAGCCUGAGCCCUCUGAUUGUAGCAGCCAAGGAGGCCAUAAAAAACAGCAGCCGCUAGAGGGCGCCAUGUGUCCACACACAGAGCUGGACCCUGCUCCAUGGUGUUGUGUGACAGAGAGACAGCACAAGGACAGACCAGUAACCAACCCCCCUGCUGCCUCAUACAGGGGAUGGACAGCUGGCCUGCAGGGC